ACGCUGUUGACCUCAUUUGGUGAAUGAAGCUCGUGCGCCACACAAACGCUCAAGGCCAGAUCACCCAGCGCUUCUGGCUCCAGCUCAGCGCAACGGCGAAUUUUCACUGUUGCUCGACGGGCGCCGGAUAUAAUUAGGCAGGUGAGGCUUACCCGUCAACUAGCUGCGGCAUCGACCAGGGGACCAGGCCCACUCCGCAUGUUCAGUUCAGCUUCGCUGGACCAUUCACUUCGACAACACCGCCAAACGCCCGUGACGAACACUGCAAGGGCUUUGCACCGACUUUUCCUACACCUUAAUCGCUAUUUUGUAAACUACUUCAACCUUUGACCCUGCUGCAUCAAUUGCAGCGUCCCGAACGUGAUAUCUGGCGACGAGCAACCCUAGCAACAUGGAGGAGGACAAGAAGCCCGAGAGGCCAACAAGCGUGCACAGCUCCGACAAGGAUGCAGACAGCUUCGAGGACGCACCUGAGAUAACCCCUCGCCCCGAAUCACACUCCGAGCGCUCGCAGUCACGGUCGCGGUCGCUCCUGAGCAAGCGCGAGUCCACCGAAACCACUGUCCAAGAAUCCAAAGCCGAAUCCCCCGCGCCUGAGGUGCCGGUGCCAGAAGUGCCUACCCGCACCAAGGGCGAGGGCGAGGCCACCGAGACAUCGACCCAAGACGCUGCAUCCGCCAAGUCGCCCUUGCUCACGGCACACAGAAUAUCAGUGAUAUCAGACAUGGACGAUGUGUCGCUCGAAGAAGAAGGCGCGAAAGACGCCAGCCUGUUGCCCAGAUUACCACCGCGAGACUCGAGAGACUCCACAGCCUCUGCAAGCGGCCUGCAAGGUCUCUCCGGCCAGAUGCCUCCUGUCAAGUUCCUUCCACCGCCGCCCCCCCCUGCCGUCCAGGAGAAGCCCGCGCCGCCCGCAACGGUAUCAAGAAAGCUCACAAGCCCUUUCGCGUGGCUCUCGCGCAAUAGUUCGAGCAAGAAGCCCGGAUCUCCGCCUCAGCCUCUCGCCGACCGCCGUAAUACCAACGCGUCCAUCCAGUCUUUGGGUAGUAACCCAGAGCUCACACUGAGCAGGAUCGACGAUGAAGAUCAGAGAGGCAACAACCGAUCUAGUCAGGGCAGUCUGCGUGAUCGCUUCAAGGCGCUGAGGAUGAGGGAGGAGGCUGGGAUUACCAUGGCCGACGAAACAAUUGGAGAGGGAGGGCUUGGGAUAACGGGCCCAGGAAGUGUUGUUGAGAAAGAGGCUGUGACCAAUCCUGGACCCGGCAGUCUCUCUCGACAGUCAACUAUCAAUCCCGCUCUUGCGCCAGGCACAGCAGCUGGUUUCGCAACCGGUCCUUCCCCCGAGGAGGCAGAGCCAGUCGACUGGGAUCUGUGGCAGUCUGUUGUGAACGAGGGUCCCGCUGCGAUUGCUCAGACCAGCCCAGAGGAGCUGAACCGCGCUGUUUCCAACGGCAUUCCACAAGUCAUCCGUGGUGUCAUCUGGCAGGUCCUAGCGCAAAGCAAGAACGAAGCACUUGAGCAACAGUACAGGGAGCUCGUAGCUCGAGGGACAGACAAGGAGCACAUGUCAGUCCAGAGCUAUGCGAACGGAAGCGGGAAGGAGAGGGAUUCAAUUGCAUCCUCUGCGUCGUCAAUCCACUCGGACUACUCCACGCCUGCUACAACGACAGGAAGCACGAAUGCUCCUCUUGGAUCGCCAUCAGCAAUGUCGGAGAGCUCCGAGGAUCCCAUCAAACUCCAAGCUAAAAUGGCUGCAGAGAAGAAGGACAAGACUGCAGCUAUCGUCAAGCUGGAGAAGACCAUCAAGCGCGAUCUGGGCGCACGGACAAGCUACUCGAAGUACCUCAUGGCGGCCGGCUUACAAGACGGACUCUUCGGUAUCUGCAAAGCGUACGCCCUUUACGACGAAGCUGUAGGCUAUGCCCAGGGCAUGAAUUUCAUUGCUAUGCCGCUGCUGUUUAAUAUGCCAGAAGAGGAGGCCUUCAGUCUGUUCGUCACCUUGAUGAACAAGUAUGGCCUGCGAGACCUGUUCGUUGCGGACAUGGCUGGACUACACCUGCAUCUGUACCAGUUUGAGCGACUGCUAGAGGAAUUCGAGCCUGCCCUUUAUUGUCAUCUGCGCCGCAGAGAAGUCAAGCCUCAGCUCUAUGCCACGCAGUGGUUCCUUACACUAUUCGCCUACCGGUUCCCCUUACAACUGGUUGUCCGCAUAUACGAUCUGAUUCUGACCGACGGUCUGGAAGCGGCCAUCUUGAAGUUCGGCCUUGUGCUCAUGCAAAAGAACGCCGAGACGUUGCUCGGUAUGAAGGACAUGUCCACUCUGACCAACUUCUUGAAGGAGAAGCUUUUCGACGUCUACAUUGACAAGGCACCAUCAGCCAACUCCAUCCUUGAAAACGGAUUCUUUGGCUCGACCAGCGGGAUUGAUAAGGAGAUCUACCGCGCUGAUCAGCUUGUUAAGGACGCUGUUGCAGUCAAGAUCAUGCCAGAGAUGUUGAAGGAGUACACAGCCGAGUGGAAAGAGCAGCAGCGGAUUGAGAAAGAGCGCGAGACUGAGCUGCAAGGUCUCAAGGAAAGGACAGCGACCUUGGAAACCAAGGUUAGGUCACUCGAGAACCGCGCCGAGCAGUCCGACAGGGAGCACGUUGAGAUGGCGUCUGAGCUCAUCAAGACCAAGGUCGAGAAUGAGCAGCUCGCAGAAGAGAACGAGACACUGAAGACAAAGGUUGAGGGACUUCAGAAGAUCGUGGACACGCAACCGGAAGAGGUAGAAGCGAGGUUGAAGAGCGAUAUGGAGACCGUGAUGCAGAAGAAUAUUGUGGUUCACAACGAGAAUCGAGCUCUGGAAGAGCAGAUGGCUGAGAUGGAGCAGGAGCUGGUGGACACCAAGAUGAAGUGGGCGACAAUCAACGAGGAACACGAGACGCUUAAGCAGAAGUGGAACAGCAUCUCCCAGAUGAUGAGGUAACCUCAGCCUCUGGGUCUUGUUUUGUUUUGUCAUUGCCGGCGUUUGGGUUGACUUGAAUGUAGCACAUCGGCACCAUCAGAUCUAUCUGCAACCUGUCUCCUCGCGUCGAACGCGCACUAAUUCGAUUCGCGAUGUUUAUAUUCGCCACAGCCGCUGAAACUCCUGGGAGCUGGCGUCUCUUAUUUCCAGUACACAUGCUUCGGCAGCUCUCAAUGUAUACCCAUUGACCGACCACACAACCUGUCCUGUCGUAUCCUGUUCCAGUUUUUGCUCGCUACCUGGAUAGUAUUUGUGUGUAUGACGGACUUGCGGAAAAGUGGUUUGGAGAGUUGGAUACAGUGACAUCCUUACAACUCGCUGGAGUUGCUACAGUAGUCAUAGUCCUAGCAUAUCAAUGUGAGAGCAUCCCGGUCAUCUAGUAUGCGUUCCGAG